AGUACAAAAAAAAUCGGACUCCAAAAGCCCGUCUAAGUUAUCUUGUCGUCCUUCCCGUACUAUGGUUGGUUGGUUGGUUGGUUCUCUGUCCUCUGAGCUGACGUCGGUCUGUCAUAUUGGUAGCCUCCAGCCUCCGCCUUACUGCUAUGCUACGUAUUCUUCUCUUUCGGCCUGAUUGGAACGUUUAGAACGAUUGGAACACUUGGAAUACUUUCAAGUGGACGACGAGGUGAGAACACGCUGAAACAAGUGGAGCCCGGACGGACCAGGGGUGAUCCAUCCAUCCCCAUCAUUGCCAACAACACCUAUCAAAUCAGCCACAUCAACCACCCACCCCGACAACAAUCAGAACCCGGAGGCCCAUAGGUCCAGAGCCCCGAGACUCGAUCUGACAAAGAUCUGAACUAGUUCUGUCUAUGCCACUCAAGCCCAGGCGGGGCAAUCAGGCCCGGGGCGAGUGAGUGUCCAUUGUCCACAAGGAAACGUUGAAUGGAUGGAUGUUGAGCUUGAUAUCAGAGUCCAGGCAGGCUUGAGUUCAGCAUUAGGCCAGUCUGAAUAUCGAGUCUGAAUAGCAACGAAUCUGAGGACAAGCACAAGGAGGGCCCGUUGGGUCGGAUGUGAUCAUGCGGCUCGAUCUUCAUCUUAAGCACGGCCCGACCAAGUUGGCGUGGUCCAUCGAUGAUCAAGUCACGAUCUCGGAGCUCAUGAGCCAAAUCGAAUCCGAGCUAAGUAUACCCAAAACUGGACAGAAGCUCAUCCUCAACGGGCAAGCCUUGACAAGUCUCGAUCACGGAUCCACGCUCCAACAAGCCGGCGUGCGCAAUCUGAGCAAGAUCAUGGUCCUUGGCCGACGGUUUGACCCCGAGGGGGACCAAAUGUAUCAGAACAUCCUCCAAGCCGAGAAGAAGGUUCAAAUCACGGCUGAAAAGCUGCAACAGGUCGCAGACGAGGUCCGGGACAUUGAACGGGGCUUCUUAUCCCCUGAACAUCAUCAAAAGGCCUGGCCGAGUUUGCUUAAACGCUGUCGGAAUGGAAGCGAAGAAUUCAUGCGGCUCUUGGAGACUUUAGACACGUUCCGUUUCGAAGAACACCAACAGAUGGCCAAAAGCAAGCGAAAGAGCCUGGUCGAUAUCAUAAAUAAGAAAUUAGACGCCAAUGACGAGCUCCAACGAAAAGUGGAACGCCUCCAGGCUAUUGCACAUGGCUAACUUUCUUCUUGAUUUCGGGGCCUUUCCUCAAAAGAGGGGGAGGAGGGGGGGAGGUACUGCCCUAAACACUUUGUUCCGGCCCUUCUUAGGAGCGGUUAAAUCGAGAGAGAUGCGCGCUUGGAUUUCAGGAUUUCAAAUCUGCCCCAGGAUACUCACGUUAUCCAGGCGCUAGUGACGCUGCCUUACCUCUCCAUAUUCCAAAAACCUGAACUGAUUGAUCUAUUGUAGUAAAGUGCACGAACGCGAUUUUUUUCCUCUUUACAAACGAUCUUGACCGCCUUUCGACAUUUCUAUAUCAAUUUCUGCUGAUCAGGAAAUAUGAAUUAUGAAAUGUUUUCCGAGCACAUGAAGCCAGCAGGAGUUAGUAUGAUGAUGUAUCAACAAGUAUGUAUGCCUUAUUGAAAGUUAAAACGUUGAAUCACUAUUGCCUGAAGGUCUGAAACCAAAAUGGGGACUGACCAUUAUGGCCAUUAGUCAAGGUAGAUACCAUCAUUCGCAUUUGUUCUAUUGAAACCAAAUCACUCGAUUCUCAAGGACUGGCAUAAUUUGUGUAAUCAAGUUCACGCUUAACGCCCGCUUAUGUUGGUCUUACGUUUCCAAAUAUUCAGCGGUGGCACUUUGAAUAAAGAAGAUUCUUAUCUUGUU